AAAGGCUUGCGCAGGUGGAGAAGCGGGAGGGUUUGCGCAGGCGCAGGAGCUAGGUGGCGCGUGUCGAAAAGUUACGCGCAGGCGCGGCAGACCUGGGAGGUCAAACGGGUGUCGUUUUCCAGGUCGGCCAUGGCUGAGGCGUCACGGUGGCACCGAGGCGGUGAGGGGUGAUCCUAGGAAGUGGUGGAGCAGGGCCGAUUUGGCAAUUACACAUACCCUGAUAGUAACUAUGUAGCGCCAUAUCUAUUCAUGUCAGAGAUAGGACUUCCAGCACGUGUAGCCCUCACAGCCUCCCCUUGAGACGGGAUGGACAGGGGUCCCAUUUCACAGACGGAAACUGAAGCCUUGAGGGGAGGUGGCACCCGCCCUUUGCCCGAGGCUCGAGCUGGGAGCUGUUACUUGCUGUACAAAUACCGUCGCUAGGCCCUUCUCCAAAGUCCUUUAUUGGUCUGGGGAGUCGUGACCUCGGUAGAACCCCAGGCCAAGUCCUUUACCCCUCCAGCGGAAUCCAACCUUCCCAGGAAGCAAUAUAGACGGUAGAGAAAACGAUUUCGUGAAGAUGAGGAAUUUUUUUCUUUCUUUCUUUCUUUCUUUCUUUCUUUCUUUCUUUCUUUAUUAUUUAUUUAUUUAUUUGUAUUUUGCUUUUUCACUUUCAGACGGGACUAUUGAGAAAACGUCCAUGUUAUAAAAUUCAUUAGUGUACAGUCAUAAAGUGCCCGCUCACCCCCAUGGGAAUGUUGUAAUUAUUCCUCCUUCAUGAAAGUGAGAAUAAAAAAAAAUAACCAGAAGCAAUUGGAGCUUGCCUUCACACAGUGUAUCAGAAUAAAAGUGGAAAACACAGUUCCAUCAUGGUUACUUAUAUACUUUAUAAAUUACAUAAUAAUGUAAAGAAAAAAUUUGUUUUAUGUUUCACAGGGGCUCCGAAACCUAAGCUGCAUUACAGAAAGGAAGUAGAAAUUAGAACCACACUUCAGGAGUUGUCACUCUACUUUAUUUUUUUAAUAAACCUAUGUAUAUUGACUUUUGGCAUGGUAAACCCACAUAUGUAUUACUUAAACAAAGUUAUGUCAUCUCUAUUUUUGGACACUUCUGUGCCUGGUGAUGAAAGAACCAACUUUAAGUCUAUUCGCAGCAUAACUGAUUUUUGGAAGUUUAUGGAAGGACCCCUUUUGGAAGGUCUGUACUGGGAUGCAUGGUACACGAACAAGACUUUGUAUAAUCUAAAGAACAGCAGCCGCAUCUACUAUGAGAACAUACUUUUAGGAGUGCCCAGAGUCCGUCAACUAAGAGUCCGCAACAACACAUGCAAGGUCUAUUCAUCCUUUCAGUCUUUGAUGAGUGAAUGUUAUGACAAAUACACUUCUAGCAAUGAAGAUACGUCUGAUUUUGGCCUUAAGCAGGAAACUGAAUGGAAGUACUCUACUCCUAAUAGUAGCUCCCCUUGGCACUGGGGAUUUGUUGGUGUUUACCAAAAUGGGGGAUUUAUUUUCACUUUAUCAAAAUCAAAAUCUGACACAAAAAACAAGUUCAUUAACCUUCGACUCAACAGCUGGAUCACAAGAGGGACCAGAGUUAUUUUCAUUGAUUUUUCGUUAUACAAUGCUAACGUAAACCUGUUUUGCAUCAUCAGAUUGGUGGCAGAAUUCCCUGCAACUGGAGGAAUCAUUACUUCAUGGCAGUUUUACUCUGUGAAGCUCCUCAGAUAUGUUAGCCACUAUGAUUAUAUUAUUGCUUCCUGUGAAAUCACAUUUUGUAUUUUUCUUAUUGUCUUCACAACACAAGAAGCUCAAAAAAUAAGAGAAUUUAAGUCUGCCUAUUUCAAAAGUGUUUGGAACUGGCUAGAAUUACUACUUCUGGUGUUGUGUUUUGUGGCUGUUUCCUUCAACAUAUACUGUAAUAUACAAAUUUUUCUCUUACUUGAAGACCUGUUAAAAAACACUGAAAAAUAUUCAGACUUCUAUUUUCUUGCAUACUGGUACAUUUAUUACAGCAAUAUAAUUGCUAUUACCAUCUUUUUUGCAUGGAUAAAGAUAUUCAAAUUCAUAAGCUUUAAUAAGACAAUGUCUCAGCUGUCAACAACCUUGUCCCGCUGUCUCAAAGACAUAGUAGGAUUUGCCAUCAUGUUUUUUAUAAUAUUCUUUGCUUAUGCUCAGUUAGGAUUUCUUGUUUUUGGAUCACAAGUUGACGACUUUUCCACUUUUCAAAAUGCCAUCUUUGCACAAUUCCGAAUUGUUCUUGGAGAUUUUAAUUUUGCUGGUAUUCAGCAAGCCAAUCGUAUCUUGGGGCCCAUUUACUUCAUCACUUUCAUCUUUUUUGUGUUCUUUGUCCUGCUGAACAUGUUCUUGGCAAUUAUUAACGAUACCUAUUCUGAAGUGAAAGCUGAUUAUUCAAUAGGCAGAAGGCCAGAUUUUGAACUUGGUGAAAUGAUUAAAAAGAGUUACAACAAUGCUCUUGAAAAACUUAGACUAAAGAAACCUCAAAAGGAUGAAGACGAUAAAGGUAUGAAAGGCGAUUUGGCUGAGCAAGCCAGAAGAGAAGGCUUUGAUGAAAAUGAGAUUCAAAGUGCAGAGCAGAUGAAAAAGUGGAAAGAGAGGCUUGAGAAAAAGUAUUAUUCUUCAGAAAUUCAAGAUGACUACCAGCCUGUCACGCAACAAGAAUUUCGAGAACUCUUUUUAUAUGCCGUGGAGCUGGAGAAAGAAUUACACUACGUCAGUUUAAAACUAAACCGAGUGAUGAGAAGGAUUUCAGCUCUACAAAAUUAAGACAAGUGCAGUCAUUCUGUAAGAAAAAGGCAACCGAAGAAUUCAAUGUGAAGAUGUUCCUCUCAAUUUUCUUCAGUAAUUAAAAAAAUAAUAAUAAAAGCAAAGUUGGUAACAACAAAAAGCUUGUAUCUCCA